CUCACAACUCUUCCUCACUUUCUUGCUUCCUGCAGAUUGGAGAUUAUUUUGUGCACUACCGUAGGUCCGCCGCACGAGUGUUGAGUGUCGAGAUACGUUUGAUGGCGGAUGCGAUAGGGAUUUCUGUUCGGUCCGUCGACGUCCAACCAUCCAGCCAUGCAGUCUUCAGUUGCAUUGCAAUGUGCAAAAUAUCACGCUUCAUGCGAGACUGAUGUUCGGAUCCUUUAUUCUACGAUAAGUUUCUGUAAGGUUGGUUCGACGCACACAUAUUGUAAUAGCAUACCCAGUCAGAGAAGUAAGAGGUCUAAGUUGUUUCCCCAAAGGUCCCUGAAGGACCAAACCCUGGCGCAGGGUUCCUCCUACGUUGUUAGUGGGACAACAGCCUUAGCCUGUUUCUGCUUUGCUUUGUACCAGCUAAUAUUAGUCAGUUAUAUCAUGGUGUUAGUACUUCGGGCGUGGUAGUUUAAUGACAUUAGUUCCCAGGUCAGUUUUCCUGCGUCGACAACGGCAGAGCAGAAAAAGUUUAGCGUGAUGGAUGGCUACUAGUGUACACGUCGACAACGUAUCAGCGCCGCUCCAGCUCUCGUAUUUAUCCCAUCGCAACUAUCAUUCGCUCUUAUCACCUCGCCUUGAGUCAGCAUGGACUGGUACGCGCAGCCGCAAGCACGCCUCGCAACCAGUACCGACAGUCCUAACGCGUGCUACGCUCCGCAGCAACAAGACCCCGUACGUCUCGGCGCGUCUCGCUCGAUGCCACGUCAGCACAUCGACGCAAUAAAUCCCGCAGAAGCCGCCGCUCCUCCAAACCGCUCUCCGCGUUUCUCCACUCUCCCGAACCAGCUUCCUAGCCACCCGCCUUACCACCCUUCGAACCAGCGGUAUCUCCGACAAUCCGAGCCUAAUGGCGCUCGGGCCUCCAGCGACCAGUACAUUCCGCUUUCCGCCGGCGCCGCCUCUAAGCGCGACCGCGCCAUCCGCGCCCUCCGCAAGGGGGUCUCCGCCUCGUCCGCGGACCUGGACCCGCAUCCCGCGCAUCCCCCGCAGCGAGAUGACUAUACGCGGUGUGACUAUGGCGCUGGUGAAUACAACGAGUUUGCGGGGUACCUUGUGGGAGGGAGGGUCGCAGGCGCGUGGGAUUACGGCGAUGAAUCCACUGGCGGGACCGGCGGUGCUGUUGGCGCCGCUAUCGACGACGCGGUAAGAGUUGAUUCGGUAAGAGGCGAUUCGGCACGAGGGGUUUCUAGCGCACGGCGUUGCAUGCCCAAAUCCCCAUCAGCAAGCCGUGCUGGCUCCGGCGAGAACAGCCGGCUAGCCGUUAACCGCCGGCAGGGGUGGCGGAGGGGCAGCGACGGGCUGUCAACAUGCGCGGAUAAUCCCGAGGCUCUGUCCGAGCCUGUGCCCAUGGUUCGGCGCCAUACCACAGGCAUAGGGGGGGUGACAGUUCGGCAUGGGGAGGAGGGAAAGGGCGGGGAGGGUACGGGGGAAGACGGCCAGUGGGGGAGCGGAUUUGAGGGGGAGAGGGCGGAGCUGGCGGAGCGGGCGUCCGGAGUGCAGCUGCAGCGGCGGUCAAGAACGGGACCUGAGCACUCCAGAGGCCACGUGUCUCUUACCGGGGGGAAUGCGGCGGGGAUCGCUGCGGUAGGGACCUCUUGGGGAGGCGCAUUAGGAUCGUUUUCGGGAGGUAGCGCGGCAGGGGGCGCGGGUUACGGCGAGAGCUUCGGCGGGUUCGGCGGGGGAUUUCGAAGCGUGGCCGGCGCGCCGAAGUCGCCAGUAGGCGGACCGGUGCAGAGCGGUUCUGGCGAGGGGCAGACGGCGGGGGAGGGGCGGUGGGGGGCGGAGCAGCAGAGAGCCGCAGGGGGCAGCGGGGGACCUGCGGGCGCGGGAGGGGGAAACAGCGGGAGGAGAGAAGGCGCAGGUUCAGGCGCAGGCGCGGGCAGUGGGGGACCCCGCGGGGUGCGCGCGGGGAGCAUUGGCGUCAUGUCGCCCCGAUUACUUAGGUUCUUAGUUGACGAUCAGUCCACCCCAGGGUCGGAUUCUAGGGGAGGUUUCGACGACGGAAGGCGGCGUGGCGGAGACGCGCGGAAGGGGAGAGGUCGGGGGAAGGACGCGGGGACGGGGAAAGGGGAGGCCGGCGGAGCGGGGGUGAGGGGAAACAGGGACAGAGAGAUGGAGGGAGGGGGGCACGUUGUGCGGAGGCAUGAGGGUUUCAGGCAUCCGGGGUCAGGGGGCGGGAUAGCAGCCAGGGCUGCUGCUGCAGCAGCAGCGGGGGGAAGCAGCGGCGAGGGAGGGGGAAGAUCCCCCAGAGACGCGUCCCUGCGCUUCCCCAAAUCGCGCAGCUACGCCGCGCCAAAAUCCCCGCUUUCCGCUGCGCCCCAGUCAGUUCUCCCUUCUACGCCACAAGCUUCCCCCGCGCUUCCCCCGAUUUCCCCCUCCCGCCAGCACUUCCCCCAGUCCGCCUCCUCCUCCGCGCCCACCUCAGGGCGCUCCGCCAAUGCUGCCCCCACCGCUGCCGCCCCAUGCUUAUCCACGCUCUCUAGCACCAGUACUGAUAUAUAUUCCGAAUCCGGCUCUUAUGUAAGCUCUGGAGCGUUUUCCCAGUCCUAUGAGAGCUCAGACAAGCAAGAAGCACGCACUGCUUAUGACCCGCUUACAGGCUCCGCCCCUCGUACGGGUUCAUCUCCCCAUGUGGGAUCAUCUCCCCGUACGGGAGCAGCUCCUCGUACGGGGUCGUCCCCACGUGUGGGCUCAUCUCCCCGUACGGUUUCAUCUCCCCAUACGGGGUCAUCUCCCUCGCGCUCUCCCUCCUCCUACCCACCUGCCAGCUCGUACCCUCCAAGUAUCUCGUUCGCUCUUCGCCCCUCCUCUGGGGAAUCCUCUGCUUCCGCCUCAGGGGGAGCGGAAGGGGCGGGAGGGGCGGGAGGGGCGGAAGGGAUGGGCGGAAUAGCUGGUGGGGCUGCUGCUGCUGCUGCUGCUGCUGCUGCUGCUGGUAGCGCUGGUACUGGUGGUGGUGCUGCUGCUGCUAGUGGUGCUAGUGAUGCCGGUGUGGUCCCUGCUUAUCCCACUUCGUCGUCUUUCUCUUUUGACUCUAGCAAGGCCCCGUUACAGUCACCCACGUUCUCGUCGAAUCUCCUGGUUGGUGGUGCUGGCAGCAGUGGUGACAGUGGCGGUUGCGAUGUUAGGGAUGGUGAUGUUAGUGGUGGUGGUGGUGGUGGUGGUGGUGGUGGUGCUACAGGGAGGCUGGAAGGUGCGGGUCAGCCAAAGCAGCAGCACUAUCAACAUCAGCUGCAACACCACCAGGACCAGCAAGAUCAGCAGCAGCAGCAGCUUUUGCAGAAGAGACAGCAGCCGCAAAGGAUAUCUCCCUCCGUCUCUCCCCCUUUCCCCUCCGCGCCCACCCUAACCGUCCGCAGCAACAGCGGAAAGUUUCGCCGCCCCGCUGCCCUGGAUCUCGGGCAGCUCUCUCCAACCAAUCAGCAGGGGCCAGAUGGAGAAGACGGGCAGGAAGACCUGGUGCGAUUGGGAGAGGAGGAGGAGGAAGAGGAGGUGUAUGUGCCUGAGCAGUACAUACCACAGGGUCAGGAGCAUGCGGGGAAGACGCAGGGGGCGGGAGGGGAGAGGUGGCAGGAGGAGGUUUACUACAUGGGGGAUACUCAGUAUGCACACCAGAAACAGCAUCAGGAGCAGCAGCAGUACCAGCAGCAGCAGCACCAAUACCAGCAGCAGCAGCACGCUGCUGCAGUUGCUGGGUUGCCUGCAGCGGGGCACCCCAGCACCAAGCCUAAGCCCCGAGCCUUGGUGUCUGGUUCGGCAUAUUGGUCCGGCGACAUUGGCAGCACCACACUGCUAGACUCCUUAGAGCCUCUAGCCGGGGAGCCUGACGAGGAGGGGGAGGAGGACUAUGGGGGCUACGAGUGGGAGGAGGGGGAGGAGGAGGAGAGGGAGGAGGCACAGGGGAGAGGGCACAGGCGGUCUGAAAGCCUGGGAGGGGGGAGUGGAGGGGGGAAGUCGCAGCGGCGCCAGGCGUUUAUUCAAAGGCUUAAGGGGCUGGCCUCGCCGCGUUUUAGGGAGGAUAAGGGGAAGAGGAGGGGUUGGCAGGGGGGGGAAGGGGAGGAGGAGGGGACUCAGGGGGAGGAGAAGGGAGGUCAGGGUGAGGGGAAUGGCGGGAAGGGCGGGGAAAGAAAGGCGGUGUCUUCAGGGGUGGGCGGAGCGAGAGGGGGAGGAGGGGGGUGGGGGCGCAGCAUUACAGGGGAGAGGACGAAGAAGGAGAGGGAGAUGGUAGAAGUAGCGCAGGGGGGGGAGAAGGAGAAGGGGAGGGAGAAGGAGAGGGAUAGGGACACGGGCAGGAGAGCGGUAGAGGCGUUGCUGGACAUGCCUACUAAGCGGUGGGAAUCAUCCAUUGCUGGCAAAGCAGGCAAGGAGUGGCUUGCGAAGGAGCCGAAAGGCUUGUCUCUCUGGGAGAAGCGCAAGGUAGGAGGAGCAGGGGGAGGAGGUGGCGUAGGAGGUGGAGGAGGAGGAGCGAGAGGAGGAGAAGGAGGGGGGGGAGGGGAGAUUAAGACCCCUAGCUUCCUCCGGUCUUUCACUCAGCCGCGCUCCUCCCGCUCCUCCUCCUCCCAAUCCUCUAAAGGCUCAAAAACUCCCAAAGGUGGGGCUGGUACCAGCAGCAAUAACAGCAACAGUGGCAGUGGCAGUGUCAUCAGCAGCAUCCGUACCCCCACUGGCUUAGGGCUAGCAUCGCGGUCGUUCAAAAUGGAUCACAGCACGAGUGCGGGCGGCAGCAAGACGCCAAGGGAGGCCAGCCAGCCUAAGUCGAAGCGGGCGGGGUCGGGCACGUGGGGCGGGGGCCUGGUGGCUGUAGUGGAGGGUUUCAGCCGCAGCCUCACUGCGCCUAGAGGCUCCUUUGGCGCCGCUGCUGCGGCCGGUGCUGCUGCUGUUACUGCUGGUGCUGGUAGUGGUGGUGGUACUGGUAAUGCUGGUGGUGAUGGUGGUAGUGGUGGGUCAAAGAGACCUAAGGGUCUGACGGUGUCUACCACGCCCCGGGGCCUCAGCAGCAGCAGCACCACCGGGCCUCCUGCCUCCUCCCCCUCCUCGUCUACUUUCACAGGUGGUUCCCAGGGGCACUCCCCCUCUUCUGCUGCCACCACUCCCACUACUGCAGCUGCUGCAGUUGCUGCUGCGAUCGCUCCUGCUGCUGUCUCUGCGGCUGCUGCUGCUGCUGCUGCUGCUGGCUCGGCUGGUUCUGCUCCUGCAGCAUCAGCCUCGGCCCGAACCGGUUCGUCCACACCAAAGAGCGCAGCAGGCUCGGGCCAAACCGCCUCCACCAGCGCUGCUAGCGCCACUGCUGUUGGUGCCGGUGCAAGCAGCUCAGCCGCUGCUGCUACUAGGGGUCAGGCAGGUGCCAGGAGCAGGAGUCCUCGCACCACAAGGAACAAGAGUCCGGGGAAGGGAGAGAAAACGAGCCCGAGAGGAGUAGGCAGCAAGAGCCCCCGGCCAAGCACCAGCCCUAAGACCAUCAGCCCGCGGACUCCCCGCGACGCCGGGCAGCAGCCGGGCAGCACGGAAGGAAUCUUCGAGCGCGGGUUCUCGGACAUCCGGAGGAAAUUCGACGUCGGGCAGCAGAUCGGGCAGGGGCGGCGGGGCGUGGUGGUGUACAUGUGCACGGAGAGGCGCACGGGGCGGCAGUAUGCGUGCAAGGCGAUUGACAAGGGCACGCUGGUGGAGGCGAGGAAGGUGGCAGCUGUGCGGGCCGAGGUGGAUGUCAUGAGGAAGCUUCUGGGAUGGCCGCACGUGGUGGGCAUCAAAGACGCCCUGGAGGACGACAAGUGUGUGUAUAUCAUCAUGGAGCUGUGUUCUGGAGGGGACUUACUGGACCACAUCAACUCCUCGCCCUUUAUCUCCGAGCGCGAGGCUGCCAUCAUAUUGCGAGUGCUGGCAGAGACACUGCGUUCGUGCCACAGCCACGGCAUCAUGCACCGCGACUUGAAGCCGGAAAACAUCUUGCUGGCGCAGCCGGGGUGCUGGUGGGACCUCAGGCUCGCGGACUUUGGCUUCUCCGUGCAUCUCAAGGCCGGCGAGCGCAUGACGGGGUACGCAGGGUCGCCCUUCUACAUGGCGCCCGAGGUGCUAGACAGCAUCUACGGCCACGAGGCGGACGUGUGGAGCCUGGGGGUGAUCCUCUACACGAUGCUUUCCCAGAAGCUUCCGUUCUGGGACGACACGGAUGCGGGCGUGUACCGGCAGAUCAAGCGCGCUGAGGUGGACAUGGAGAGCGGCGUGUGGCCCGCCAUCUCAGACGAGGCCAAGGACCUGGUGCUCGGGAUGCUGUCGGCCGACCCGCACCAGAGAAUCACCCUCGACAGACUUCUCGCGCAUCCGUGGAUGGCAGCCAACGGGUGUGAUAUGCCACCAUCACCUGCACAUAGCACAGCUUCGUCGACCGACACUUCAAGCCUCUCGGGCAGGCGGAAGAAAGACAUUGCGCGAUCUACGGGCACCAUAUUCUCAUCGCUUGGUAUGCCCUUUUGCCGUGUUUAUCAAAAGGAGGAUGACGACGAGGAUGAUGACCAGAGCGUAGCGGGCUUAGCAUAAUAGAUAUGUGGAGGGGUUUUGUUGAUUGCUUCAAGCCUAUAUUAUAACCUACCAACAUAGAUGAAGUGAAUCUUACUAUGCACGGUGUAUUCCGAACCUGUACCCUAACCUG